CUAUAGAAUUCAAACUUGAGCGGGAGCGUUUGGUGAAGACAGUGAAGCGCUUGUUAGAAGUUCGGUGACCGGCGGAGAGGUUGCCGUCCACGUUUGUUACAGCCUAGCUGCUGCACAUGCGCGGUCCUCGGGUGUAACCGGGGAGCAGACAGCCGGGAGAUGGCGACCACAAUGAUGAACUUGCGCAAUCUUUUUGAUCAAUUAAUGCGCCAGGUGGAAGGUCUAAACGAGGGGAUAGAACCGCAAUUCAUUCAGCUGGCUAAGAAUUUUGAGGAUUUCCGAAGAAAAUGGCAGAAAACGGAACAAGAGCUGGCGAAAAGCCGAGAGCUGCUGAUGAAGACAGAGACUGAGCGCAGCGCCCUCGAAGUAAAGCUGAAACAUGCUCGCAAUCAGGUGGACGUGGAGAUUAGGAGGCGGCAGAGAGCCGAAGCCGAAUGUGAGAAACUGGAGCGCCAGAUCCAGUUGAUCAGAGAGUUGCUGAUGUGUGAUCCAUCAGGAAGCAUUCAGCUCAGUGAGCAACAGAAGAGUGCAUUAGCUUUUCUGAAUAACAGAACACAAAUGUCUGCAGACGGCAAUGGGACGAGAAGAUUAUCUACAAUAGAUGAAUCUGGAUCCAUCCUCUCAGACAUCAGCUUUGACAAAACUGAGGACUCACUGGAUUGGGAUUCUUCUCUUGUCAGAAAUGUGAGACUAAAGAAGAGGGAAAAGCGGCGCUCCUCGAGGCAACAAACAGAAGGUCCCCCUGUUCCAUCAAAGAGAACUCGUUCAUUUGGCUUGACUGUGGAUCCGGCCAAUGAAUCCAUAGUCACAAAAACGACAGUAACUGUUCCAAAUAAUGGCGGUGUUAUUGAAGCUGUUUCAACUAUAGAGACUGUGCCAUAUUACACACGGAGUCGUAGGAAUGCCCAGCUCCAGCCCUGGAGUAGCGACUCUAGUUUAAUGAGCAGACAGUUUGAUGAGCGAAAUGAGACUGACAUCUGCAGAACUCCACAGAACCACGGGAUGAGACUUCAUGAAUUUGUUUCAAAAACGGUGAUUAAACCAGAGUCUUGUGUUCCUUGUGGGAAAAGGAUCAAAUUUGGAAAACUUUCUUUGAAAUGUCGAGAUUGCCGUGUUGUGGCUCACCCAGAAUGCCGCGACCGCUGCCCCCUUCCAUGUAUCCCUACUUCUGGAAACACUCCAGUUCGUAUAGGAGAGGGUACGCUGGCAGACUUUGCUCCGCCUACAUCUCCAAUGAUUCCUAACUUAGUGGUUCAUUGUGUCAGUGAAAUUGAGCAGAGAGGACUUCAUGAGACUGGUUUGUACAGAAUUUCUGGCUGUGACCGUACCGUGAAAGAGCUGAAAGAAAAGUUUUUGAGGGGGAAGAGUGUGCCUUUACUUAGUAAAGUGGAUGAUAUUCAUGCUGUCUGUGGAUUCCUUAAGGACUUUUUGCGUAACCUGAAGGAACCACUUCUUACCUUCCGCCUCAACAAAGCUUUCAUGGCGGCAGCUGAAAUAUCAGAUGAUGAUAACAGCAUUGCUGCCAUAUAUCAAGCGGUCGAUGAGCUUCCAGCAGCCAACAGGGACACACUUGCCUUCUUAAUGAUCCACCUUCAAAGGGUGUCUGAGAGUCCAGAUUGUAAGAUGAAUGUAAGCAACCUGUCUAAGGUAUUUGGCCCAACUUUGGUGGGGCAUGCAGUUCCUGAUCCUGAACCCAUGAUGAUUCUGCAAGAUACAAAGAGGCAGCCCAAGGUUGUGGAACGAUUAUUGUCACUACCAGCAGAUUUCUGGAAUCAGUUCAUGAUGGUAGAAAAUAUAGAUCCUUCUCAUAUAAUUGAAAAUACAAAUGUUUUCAACACUCCCCAGACUCCUGAUGUCAAAAUCAGUAUGUUGGGACCUCUGACGACCCCUGAGCAGCAAAUUACCAAAACUCCUUCCACAAGUUCCCUGUCCCAGAAAGUUCGAUCCACUAUUGGCAAAAAUACACCCAAGUUCGGAAGCAAAAGUAAAUCGGUUACCAGCAUUGCACGACAUGGCAAUUUCUUUGCCUCUCCGCUAUUAAAAUGAGCCGCAUCGCUCAGCAGAUGAAAAUUGCACAUUUUUCUUUUUUGUAUUAUGCUUUUGUUUAUGGGGUUAUAAUAGUAAUGAAAGAUUCCUACAAUACUGUAACAUGGAAAAAGUAAUACUGCACAACUAACAUUUUAUUUGCUACUUAUUGCAUUUUUAAAGAGUUUUACAAAUGGCAGAUUUGACUUGUUUAAUCUGAUUUUUAUUAUAAACUGUAUAGCAUGACGUGAAGCUGUUCUCCCUUUUGCUGGAGACAAUAGUAAGACAGUAGUUUUUAUGCUGGGGUGUGGGUGAUCCCUAGACCUUUUCUGUAUAUACUUCAUUUUAUUUUAGCUCCUAUAUCGUGUGCGUAUCCCUUCAUAGCAGACAUCUCACUGAAAGGAAUACCUUUUGCAGUCAGGCUAAAGUUUUAAUCUUUGAUCCGGCGAGCCUGUAAACGUAUCACUUGUGUAAA